ACAAGGGGACGAGGCCGGGCGGCGAGGCGGGCCUGGCGGGGGCCAUGGCGGCGUCGGAGACCAAGAUCAUCUACCACCUGGACGACCAGGAGACGCCGUACCUGGUCAAGCUGCCGCUGCCGGCCGAGCGGGUCACGCUGGGCGACUUCAAGGCGCUGCUCAACCGGCCCAACUACAAGUUCUACUUCAAGUCCAUGGACGAUGAUUUCGGGGUCGUAAAAGAGGAAAUUUCAGAUGACAAUGCAAAGCUUCCUUGCUUCAACGGACGAGUGGUGUCAUGGCUGGUGUCCGCGGAGGGAUCUCAUUCGGAUGCUGGAUCCGUCUGUGCCGAAAGUCAACCGGAAUUGCCACCCUCCAUCGAGCGAACUGGCGGCAUUGGAGAUUCCAGGCCUCCUUCGUUUCACCCAAAUAGCGGGGGAAGCAGAGAGAACCUGGACAAUGAGACGGAGACAGACUCUGUGGUGUCCGUUCAGAGGGAACGGCCACGCAGGAAGGAGGGUCCUGAGCACGCCCCUAGGGUGAACGGGAUGACCAAGGGAGACCGUCGGCGGGAACUGGGGGGCUAUGAAAGCUCCUCCACCCUGAUGAGUAGUGAACUGGAGACCACCAGCUUCUUUGAUUCCGAUGAGGAUGAUUCCACCAGCAGGUUCAGCAGCUCGACAGAACAAAGCAGCGCCUCGCGCCUUAUGAGGAGACACAAACGCCGUCGGCGGAAACAGAAAGUAGCCCGAAUUGAAAGGUCUUCAUCUUUUAGCAGCAUCACUGAUUCCACCAUGUCGCUGAACAUCAUCACCGUUACGCUCAACAUGGAAAAAUACAACUUCCUGGGCAUCUCCAUCGUUGGGCAAAGCAACGAACGUGGUGAUGGAGGCAUCUACAUUGGUUCCAUUAUGAAGGGAGGCGCAGUGGCAGCUGAUGGAAGAAUUGAACCUGGAGACAUGCUGCUGCAGGUGAACGAUACCAACUUUGAGAACAUGAGCAAUGAUGAUGCCGUACGAGUGCUGAGGGAAAUUGUGCACAAACCGGGGCCCAUCACGUUGACGGUCGCCAAGUGCUGGGAUCCGAGUCCCAGAGGCUGCUUCUCGUUACCCAGGAUUGCUCCCCAGCGAAUCUGGGCUGGGCCAGACUCUCCGUGCUCCGAUCCGGGUGAGCCUAUCCGACCCAUCGACCCAGCGGCUUGGGUGUCCCACACCGCGGCGAUGACCGGCACCUUCCCUGCGUACGGUAUGAGCCCAUCCAUGAGCACAAUCACUUCCACCAGCUCUUCCAUCACCAGCUCCAUCCCAGAAACGGAACGUCUCGAUGACUUCCACCUCUCCAUCCAUAGCGACAUGGCCACCAUCGUCAAAGCCAUGGCCUCGCCCGAGUCAGGCUUGGAGGUGCGUGACCGCAUGUGGCUGAAGAUCACCAUUCCCAGUGCCUUCAUUGGUUCGGAUGUGGUUGACUGGCUGUACCAUCACGUGGAGGGCUUUACCGACCGGCGAGAAUCCCGCAAGUAUGCCAGCAAUCUGCUGAAGGCUGGUUAUAUCCGACAUACGGUCAACAAGAUUACCUUCUCGGAGCAGUGCUACUACAUCUUCGGGGACCUCUGUGGAAACAUGGCCAACCUAUCCUUGCAUGACCACGAUGGAUCUAGUGGGGCCUCCGACCAGGAUACGCUGGCUCCGUUACCUCACCCAGGAGCGGCCCCCUGGCCCCUAGCUUUUCCUUACCAAUAUCCACCUCCACACCCCUACAACCCCCACCCUGGCUUCCCUGAGCCGGGUUACAGCUACGGAGGGGGCAGCGCAGGCAGCCAGCACAGUGAAGGAAGCCGCAGCAGCGGUUCAAACCGCAGCGGCAGCGAGAGACGGAAGGACCGGGACCCCAAGCCUGGGGAGUCCAAGUCGGGUGGUAGCGGCAGCGAAUCGGACCACACCAGCCGUAGCAGCAUUCGGCGGGAGCGAGCGGCCAGCGAGUGCUCCAUGCCGGGCAGCCAACGUAGCCAUCACUCCAUGGCUCACAGCGUGCGCAGCCACCACAGCCAGCAGUCUUACGGCCCUCCAGGCCUCCCACCUCUCUACAGCCCUCCCAUGCUCCUGAUGCCGCCGCCCCCUUCCGCCCUGGGACCUCCCGGGGCUCCCCCGGGCCGAGAUCUGGCCUCGGUGCCCCCUGAACUGACCGCCAGUAGACAGUCAUUCCGAAUGGCCAUGGGCAACCCUAGUGAGUUUUUUGUGGAUGUAAUGUGAAGAUCCCUCCCUCCCUCCCUCCCUCUGCCUGUCUGGGCUGCCCCCACCCCCUUCCCAAGUUGGUUUAUCUCCUAGAAAGAUCACACUCGGUGUGAGAUGCCUCUCUGUGCUGCCUGUCUCUGUUCCUCUUUCUCCGUUUCGUUUUUUUGACUUGGCUUUUAUGAAAAGGGGUUGAGGAAAUCAAAUGGACUAAACCAGUGGUCCCCAACCUUUAUGACUUUUUUGGGGGGUGGGGGUGGAGAGGGGAACUGGCCAGCCACUCAUGCAACCUUGUUCUGAACGGUCCACAGCUCG